CGGGCGGCGGCGAGGAGCGCGCCGCCGGUUCGGCGGUCCGCGGGCAGCGGGCGCUCCGCCCUCGGUGCGCGGGGCCUCCCCUCUCCGCGCCCGCGGAGCGCCGGCGCCCGCCUAUAUCUACGGGCCGCGGCGGCCCCGCCGCCCGCAAGGAUGUGAGGCGGGCGGGCAGCCCAGCCGCCGCCGCCGUGGCAUGCCCCCCCGCGCCCGGAGCCGUCGGCGCGGCGCCUAGCCGCGGCUCCGCGGGGCGAUGCUGCCCUGGAAGCGGAGCAAGGUGGAGCUGGUGGCGGGCGAGGCGCGGCGGCAGAGCAAGCCCAAGGGAUACGCGGUGAGCGUGCACUACUCGGCCCUCACCUCGCUGGCCCGUGCCUGCCCCGAGAGCGCUCUGCACCGCGUGGGCAGCAUGUUCCGCUCCAAGCGGCGGAAAUUCCGCGUGACCAGCGAGGACCCCACGUACACCGUGCUUUACCUGGGUAACGCCACUACCAUCCAGUCCAAGGGUGAGGGCUGUACCGACCUGGCCGUCUGCAAGAUCUGGAGCAAGAGCGAGGCGGGUCGGCAAGGCACCAAAAUGAAGCUGACCAUCAGUGCGCAGGGCAUCCGCAUGGCCCAUGCCGAGGACAAGGGGCUCCGCCGGCCCGGCCACCUCUACCUGCUGCACCGGGUCACCUACUGCGUGGCCGACCCGCGCCUGCCGCGCGUCUUCGCCUGGAUCUACCGCCACGAGCUAAAGCACAAGGCAGUGAUGCUGCGCUGCCACGCCGUGCUGGUCUCCAAACCCGAGAAGGCGAAGGCCAUGGCGCUGCUGCUCUACCAGACCUCGGCCACAGCACUGGCUGAGUUCCGCCGGCUGAAGAAGCGGGACGACGCGCGGCACCAGCAGCAGCAGCUGGUGGGCGAGCAGAGCAUCCCGCUGGUGCCGCUGCGCAAGCUGCUCAAUGGGCAGUGCUGCUACAAGCCGCCGGUGGAGCGGAGCCGCAGCGCGCCUAAGCUGGGCUCCAUCACCGAGGACCUCCUGGGCGAGGAGCAGGAGGAGCGGGCCAUGCACUGCGACUGCGAGGACAUCCUGGAGGCGCUGGGCGAACCUGAGGGCGAGCUGCUGCGCCCCGGCGCCGGCCGCGGCGACAGUCCGGAGCUGGGCCAGCUCCUCCGCGACCUGGGCGAGCUCAGCCUGGGCAACGACCUUCGCUCGCUGCGCGCCGACCUCCGCGUCCGCCGGCUCCUCUCCGGGGAGAGCACGGGCAGCGAGUCCUCCCUGGAGAGCAACGGCCCGGACGGCGCCGGCCCGGCCUGCAACGGCGCCGAGCAGCCGCCCCCCGGCGACCCCGAGACCGGCUGAGCGCUCGGCCGCGCCGGGGCUGCGCCGGCUUUUCCGGGCGUGCACAGCCCCGUCGGGCUGACCGGGUCUCUUCCGGGAGCGCACGGUCCCUGCGGGACUCCACGGCCCCACCAGGGCUCACCGGGUUCCCUCUGGCCUCGCUGAGGUUGCACGACCCCACUGGGGUGGGUCCCUCUGGGAGCGCCCGGACCCCUCCGGACACCCUCUUCUCCGCGCCUACCCCCGCCCCCCUCCCGCGUCCCGCAGCAUCCCGGGGAGCGGCCGUCCCUCCCGGUGCCGGUGGCCGCUGAAGCCGGGCCCCAGCCCGUCGUGGCUCGAGGAGGGAAGGCGGCCGCGGGCUGUUUACCUCCGGCUCAGCCCUUGAAGAUCUGCCAAAUUCCUGGAAUAGCUUUCCCCGGGGAGGGCGGCGGGAGGGAGGUGUUGCGCCUUGUUUACAGUCAGAAUUCUCGCAUCCAAGAGGGGCCCCCCCGCUGUUUCCUCCAUUAAAGUCACUCCAUCGUGCUGUCGUGUCCGAGAGGUUUGCACUGUUGUGAAAAAUUUUUUAAUUAUUAUUUUUAAGUUAGACCCUUUUUUUGGGCCCCGGUCCUGCCCCUGGUCUCGAUGCUCUAGAUCUUUUGCUGUGCAAAAGAAGACUCUAUUGUGGCUGUUCACCUGUACAUAGGGAAAUGUAUGCAAAUACAUUUUGUUAUUUUUAAGAACACCACCAUUGUGAUCUCCUCUGUUUGCACAUAUGUGAAGAAAAUAAAGAUGACAGUAAUUUAAAAGAAA